GACUCAUCCCUGGAGUACAUAAGGGAGUUGAAGAAGUCGGAAGUGUUUUUAUCAGAGCAAGAUAAAGGAGAAACUGAGAAAGCAAGGGAGAAAAAAGAGAAAGAGUGUCAGCGAGAUAUGGGUGUGGGGAAGAAUACCACUUCUAAGUCGAUGGAUGGAGGAGGAGAUGGGGUGAUGUAUGAAGAGGAGAGCAAGCACGGAGCAGACUUCUACCCCAUCCCAGUGGUGAUCAACGGUGUGGCCCAGCCUAGCAGUGACCAGGAUACUGAGGACACAGAGCUGAUGGCCAUCUACACCAAAGAGAACCAGGGAGCUGAAAAGAGAUCCAUGUCAGAGACUUUGGACAGUGUUGACAGUGUAGAUGCAAGGAGGAUGGACAUGAUCUACACUAUUGAAGACACGCCUCCCUGGUACUUGUGUGUUUUCCUUGGCCUACAGCACUACCUAACGUGUUUCAGUGGGACCAUAGCUGUGCCCUUCCUGUUGGCUGAGGCCAUGUGUGUGGGCUUCGAUCAGUGGGCCACCAGCCAACUCAUAGGGACCAUCUUCUUCUGCGUAGGAAUCACCACUCUGCUGCAGACCACACUGGGCUGCAGGUUGCCCCUGUUCCAGGCCAGUGCAUUUGCUUUUCUCGCCCCAGCCAGAGCCAUUCUGUCUCUGGAGAAGUGGAAGUGCAACACUACAGUGGUCCCCAUGCUGAACAGCACAGAGCUUCUAAACACCGAAGAAAUCUGGCACCCCCGGAUACGAGAGAUCCAGGGGGCCAUCAUUGUGUCCUCCCUGAUAGAGGUAUGCAUAGGCGCACUGGGGCUCCCAGGGUUGCUGCUACAGUACAUCGGGCCCCUGACCAUCACUCCCACCGUGGCCCUCAUCGGGCUCUCUGGCUUCCAGCCUGCAGGGGAGCGCGCCGGCAAGCACUGGGGCAUCGCCAUGAUGACUAUCUUCUUGGUGCUACUGUUCUCCCAAUAUGCCAGGAAUGUGCAGCUCCCUCUGCCCGUGUACAAGGCUAAGAAAGGCUGGACCUCCUAUAGGCUGCAGCUGUUCAAGAUGUUCCCCAUCAUCAUGGCCAUCCUGGUGUCGUGGCUGAUCUGCUUCAUCUUCACGGUGACGGACGUGUUUCCUCCAGAGAAGGACCAGUAUGGCUUCUACGCCCGGACUGAUGCCCGCCAGGGCAUUUUGGCUGCAGCCCCCUGGUUCAAGAUCCCCUAUCCCUUCCAGUGGGGUGUUCCCACAGUGACUGCAGCAGGGGUGAUUGGGAUGCUGAGUGCCGUGGUUGCCAGCAUCAUCGAGUCCAUUGGCGACUACUAUGCUUGUGCUCGCCUCUCCUGCGCUCCUCCGCCCCCUAUUCACGCGAUCAACAGGGGUAUAUUUGUUGAGGGGGUGUCCUGUGUGCUAGAUGGACUGUUUGGAACAGGAAAUGGCUCCACCUCUUCCAGUCCAAAUAUAGGUGUGCUCGGCAUCACCAAGGUGGGAAGCCGAAGGGUGAUCCAGUACGGAGCAGCUAUGAUGCUGCUGCUGGGGCUUGUGGGUAAAUUCAGCGCACUCUUCGCGUCGCUGCCUGACCCUAUACUUGGGGCACUAUUCUGCACCCUGUUUGGCAUGAUCACUGCCGUGGGGCUGUCCAACCUGCAGUUUGUGGACCUCAACUCCUCCAGGAACCUGUUUGUUCUGGGCUUCUCCAUCUUUUUUGGUCUGGUGCUACCAAGCUACCUCAAACAGAACCCUUUGGUCACUGGCAUUGUGGAGGUGGACCAGGUGCUGAAUGUUCUCCUGACCACAGCCAUGUUUGUGGGUGGAUCUGUGGCAUUCGUGCUGGACAACACCAUCCCUGGUACUCUGGCGGAGCGAGGCAUAAGGAAGCUGAAGCAAGGGUCACGGCCCAGUGCUGCAGAGCUGGAGGGCAUGAGAUCCUAUGACCUCCCAUUCGGCAUGGACUUCCUCCGCCGUCACACCAUCUUCCAGUACCUGCCCAUUAGCCCCACCUUUACUGGCUAUCGCUGGGGGAUACCGCGGGGAGCCUGUCAAGGCCAGGGGGACCGGGGUGGGCGGGGGGAGGCAGGCAAGGGGGGAGGGAUAGGGGGAGACGCAGGCCUAGCAUCUGGGGAAAGUGGGGUGUAGCAGAACAGGUUAAAGAUGGGCAGAUCUAUAAAGGAUUGGAAGAGAAAGGCAGGGGUAGAGGAGGGGAUGCACACAGUUGUUAGUUGCCUGCAGGACAGACACAGAUUAAUUGAAACAAUUUAAUUCCGCAAAAGGUUCAAAGCCAAAUUAUUAAAAUGCCAAAUGUCAGACAUUGCCAGUCAGCCUUUCCUAUUCUAGGCUUGAUUGGCAUCAACGACAUGCUGAUGUCGUUGAUGCCUGUUGCACUCUGAUGAUGCUGUCAUCUUUAUCUACUUGUUCUAGCUCUGUUCUAAAGCUUGUGCUCCCGAAAUACACCUGCAACACUAUCCCCAGGGACACUACUCACACGUAGGUCUGCUCACUCCCCAGAAUUUAUGUUGGGAUGCAGCCCUUAGCCUAUAUGUCAGGUCUAUGUGUAGGUCGACAUGUGAGGUCUGUGUUGGUCUAUGCUCGUCUCCAUAUGACGAUUAUAGCAGAGCUACACAUACUGUACAAGUUCUUGUUCUGCUGCUCAAAUCGUUGCUAUGGUGACUUUGAAAAACUGCUUUUAUAAUUGUGACUGAUGUCUUUGUUCAUAUUGUUGCCAAUAUUUACUUAUUAAACAACUGUGUGUAGAUGUUGAGAUCUCCCCCUGAACCUUCACCUCCCUCUUCUACCCUUUGUUCCCCCUCCUCCUGCAUCAUUAUGUAUGAUGUAGGGUAGUACAGCAGAGUAAUGUCAGAUGGUGCAGGGUCUAACGUGGUCCUCGUCUCAUACUAGAGUGCACAUCUGCACGGUUUACUUGCCCAUCUCCCUCCUGAAGGAUGGACCAACGAGCGGGAGGCAGACAGCAGACUAGCGACAAAACUUAGACAUGUGUAGGAGGGUAGAGGGUACUUCUUGAGCUGAAGUCCUUUUGUAAACAUACAUAUUAACUCAUGCAAUUUGUUUGACGUCAUCCUUGGUAAUGCAACAAGCAGAUAUUUUUCCACUAAAUACUUCCUGCCCCACUCUCUUCCUCUCUCCUUCACUCGUGCAGUGAAGAUAGGUGUCUGCUGCUGAGUGUUCUGGUGUAUCUAUAGAAAUCCUGGAUGAACAGAUACUGGUUGGUUACUUACUUCAGACCCUGUAUUUCGGUGGCAAGUUGAAUGAAGUUUACAUCAAGAUGGUGAUCCUCACUGGGAUGUGGAUCCUGCACUAGUGUUUUAUCUGAAUCUGAGAAAAUAAAAUUGAUCCAUGUCUGGGCAUGGUCUGUAAAUUAGCCCGUAAUCCUAAAAGACAGGCCUUGAGAACAUGGCUAUAUGGUGUUUUACAGAUAUAAACCAAUCCCUUUCAGUUAUUUUGAAGGGGAAACUACCUAAAGAAUAUACAUUUGUCUAUUGCAAGUUCUAUCUUUUCAAUUUUGUUUUGAUACAUUAUUUUUAAUGUCUUUACAGACAACUGUUUGUAAUAAAUAAAUAAUGGGUAUUAAUCUUAAAUCAUUAUGCUACGAUGCACAUUUUUUUGUUACAUUAUUAUUUAAGAUUUCAAAAGGUAAUAAAAUAAAAUGUUUCUAUUUCAAAUCUGUAGUUUGUGAAUACUUUUCUUUGGUAGGAUUUUUUCAUUUUGUAUUUUUCUAACAUUGCAUUAUGUUUGUUACUUACAGCAUCAGUAGAAACCGAGAGUUGAAACUUUAAACAGAAGUAUAAAUAUAUACAUGUAAACUCAACUGAAUACUUAAUGCUGUAAACGUAUGGACCAGACCACCAUUGUCUAUACUAAUACUAUACACACGUAUAAUUAUUUGUUCCUAAAACUAUUUAAUAAGAUGUUACAGAAUGA